AUGCAUUUCACUACGCUUGCAACUCUCUUCGCUGGAGCCAGCCAGGUUUCUGCGCUGGUCCGCUCACCAAACCCGACAGAGAGCGGAGGAAAGUACGUUGUCAACGGAUACUCAUACUCCAACAGACUUCUUUUCAACUUCGCCAGCGGAACAUCUCUCCCAGAUGGCUUGUACAAGAGCACUUGGGACAUUGGGAGCACUCAUACCUACAGGGCUGAGAACGCAUAUGUCUCGGGCGGCUACCUUAACUUGGUCGUUCCAGGUGGACAGACCUCCCAGCCGUACACGGGUGGAGAGGUUACCACCGUCGUCGACAACAUCAAGUACGCGUCUGUCCGCACCGUGGCUAUCUUCAGCGAGCCGAAGGGUGUUUGCAAUGGCAUCUUCUACUACAAGAACGAAACUCAAGAGAUCGACAUUGAGUGGCUCUCUGACCCUGCCUCUCUCAGCAACCAGGGAACCCGCAGGGUCUGGCUCACGAACCAGGACGCCGACCUAAACGGCCAGAAGACCUACAACACUGUCGCCCCGGCCUCUGAUGCUACCUCUGCUGAACACGAAUACCGCAUAGACUGGACCCCGGGUCUGGUCCGCUGGUUCAUCGACGGACAGCAGGUCUGGAGCACUACUUCUGAUGUGCCUAACUCAGCCGGUCCCUGGAUACUUAACAAUUGGAGCAGCGGAGACCCGGGCUGGAGUGUUGGCCCCCCUGCUACCACCGCAAACUUCCGCGUCAAGGACAUGUCGAUUUACUACAACACGGGGGCUUAA